AUGGCCUCAGAAAUGCUCAUGGAGGAGCCCAUGUGCCUCAUUCAUAACAGCACCAGCGGGGCCCUGCAGGUGAACUCCCAGGCUGUGAAGAUCCUGGAGGGCAUCACCCAGCCAGUGGUGGUGGUGGCCAUUGUGGGAAUGUACCGCACAGGCAAAUCCUACCUCAUGAACUUCUUGGCUGGCAAGAGAAAAGGGUUCUUGCUGGGCUCCACAAUCCAGUCACACACCAAAGGCAUCUGGAUGUGGUGUGUGCCCCACCCUGGAAAACGUGGCCACACUCUGGUGCUGCUGGACACUGAAGGGCUGGGGGAUGUGGAGAAGGAUGACCCGAAGCAUGACACCUGGAUCUUCACACUGGCUGUCCUGCUGAGCAGCACCUUGGUGUACAACAGCAAAGGCACCAUUGACCAGGACUCCAUGAAUAAGCUGCACUUCGUGUCUGAGCUCUCUGAGCACAUAAAGGUGAAAGCUGAUGGGGAGGAGGAGGACGACUCUGCUUUCGACACAGAGUACAUCAGCUUCUUCCCAAAAUUCAUCUGGACCGUGCGGGACUUCACCCUGGACCUGGAGAUUGAUGGGAAGGAGGUGACGGAGGAUGAGUAUCUGGAGAGAGCGCUGAUGCUGAAGAAGGGCCGGAAAAGGGAGGUGAUGGAGUACAACCUCCCACGUCAGUGCAUCCGUGAUUACUUCCCCACACGCAAGUGCUUCGUGUUUAUCAGGCCAGCCAGCGAAAGGGACAUGAAGCAGCUGGAGUCGCUCCCCGACAGCGCCCUACAGCCCGAGUUCCUGGAACAGCUCGACAAAUUCUGCCAGUACGUUCUCCGGGAGUCGAAGGUGAAGAUGCUGAAAGGAGGGCACCACAUUAACGGGCGAAUAUUUGGCAUGUUAGCCCAGAACUACGUGGACACCAUCGUCAGCGGGAAGGUGCCCUGCCUGGAGAAUGCAGUGACCAUGCUGGCCACCAAGGAGAAUGAAGCUGCUAUCAAGGAGGGUCUGGCUUACUACGUGGCCCAGAUGGAGGAACAGAUCGUGUUCCCGGUGGAGGUGGCCGUGCUGUCCGAGAUACAUGGGAAUUGCGAGAAGGCAGCCCUGCAGCUGUUCAUGCAGCGAUCUUUCAAGGACGAGGAUCAGAAGCACCAGGAGCAGCUGGCAAUUGAGAUAAAUGAACAUUACGGGACUGUGCUGAGCAAGAACAAAAGCACUUCCCAACAGAUCUGCCAGACCCUGCUCGCCCAGCUGUCAGCUGACAUGGCGAAAAAGCUCCAAAAUGGGGUUUACAUGCAGCCUGGUGGGCAUGAACUGUACAUGAAAGACCAGAAACAAGUGUUGGAGAGUUUCCAGAGGACACCCAACAAAGGAGUCAUGGCAGAGCAGGUACUGGAGCAGUUCAUGGACAGUAAGAAAGCAGAAGCAGCCACCAUUGUCACGGCUGACAAAAUGCUGACAGAUGUACAAAAGAGCCUGGCGGCUGAGAAGGCAAGUGGGGAGCAGCUGAAGCAGCAGCGCAAGGCAGAGGAGGAGAGAAGGCGGCAGCUGGAGCAGCGGAUGAGAGAUGUGGAACGCAGCCACCAGGAGGACAUUAGACAAGUGGAAGCCAAGAUGGAGGAAGAGGCCGCCAAGAUAAGGCAGGAGACAGACAAAACCAUGCAGUGCAAGCUGAAGGAGCAGGAGAAGCUGUUGCAGCAGGGCUUCACAGAGAGAGCCAGAGAGCUGCAAGAGGAGAUGGACAGGCUGCAGAAGCAGGGAAAAGCGAGAGAGGAGAAGCUGCAGCAGCAAUUGCACGAGAGAGAAGAAAAGGAGAAGCAGCGCCAGCAGGAGGAGCACCAGCAAGAGAUAGAAGAAAAGGAGAAGCAGCGCCAGCAUGAGAGAGAAGAAACGAGAGAUAGAAGAAAAGGAGAAGCAGCACCAGCAUGA